AUGGCCGCGGACGAUGACGGCACCACUCCGAGCUACGGAGACCACUCGAGCAGCUACUGGGCGCCCGGCUGGAACUACCAGCGCUAUAGCAACGCGACGACCGAAGACAUACUCGGCCUGGCUCCCGGCGAGCUCCUCAAGAUGCAGGCGGGGCUGCGCGACGUGCUGGGCGAGCAAGGGGUCGUCGCCAUGGCGCGCCACAACUUUGCGCGGUCGCUCCCUACGGCCGAGGAGGCCAUGGCGACGCCGAACGUCGAGGCGGGGCGGCGGUGUAGCGAUGGCGCUCUGAUGUCGGACGCGUUCGAGGGGCACGCGCAGGGGUCGGAGGCGGUGCAGGGCGCCCCCGAAGAGGCCGUCUGUGUCGACAUACCGCCCAACUGGCUCAGGCUGUGGGUCAAGAGGCACGAGGGCGAGCCGUGGGGGUUCGUGGCGAUACGGGCGGCGUGCUACGGAGGUGAGGGAGAGGAGGAGGAGGAGGAGGCGCGGUGGGCGCGGUUCAAGGAGGCGUUUGGGAAGAUGGUGGAGGUUCCGUUCGACUGGGCGGCCAAGCGCACGAGCAGCGGCGAAGCUGUCGCGCGGGGCAGGGCUGCGUUCGAGGUGCGUUGGGUCGAGGACCCUGUGCUCCAGGGGGCUGAAAUGGACGUUUUGAGACGAAAAUACCAAGAGCUCUUCCCCAGUCUUCCCGGGGGGUUAAAACAUCCCAUCUUCCUCUGCGCGACCCCCGAGGUCGUCGAGUCGGUGCUGUCCGCCGCCGCGUCGUCGGACCCCCCGACGGCCGACUCGCGGCGCUGGCGGCGGGGCGCGCCCUACGUGCACGCCGUGGCGGCGUCGCGCGACCGCGGCGUCGAGGACGAGCACGAGGAGUCGGCCUGGUUCCGCGACGUUUUCCGCGUCGCCGUCGAGGUGGUCGCCGACGAGCUCUGGUGGCUCGUCGGCUCGGGCGCCAUGCCCGUCCGGCGCAUCACCCGCGGCGUCAAGGGGGUCGGCGUCCCGGCCGACGUGGGCAACGCGGACCUCGCCGACUUGUGGUGGUCGACGGCGCCGUCGCCCGAGAUGGUGCGGAGGAGGGGGUCGGUGGCGUCCUAGGCGAGGCUAGGGGACCUACGUUUUCGAGUCGCUUGCUGGAUUUUCUGUCAUGUCCAUGAACCUAUCGUCCAUGAUCCUAUCGCCUGGCGAACCAAUCUUGAGAAUUCUUGCUUCUUCCGACUUGCUCCCUCAUUGCUUCGUUUCUUGGUUGCCUUGCCACGUAUUCCAACGCUAGAUACAGCCCCGUAUAACC